AUGUCGUUUUGUGAGUUUAAUUCUUGUAACAAGCAUUUAUAUUUUUGAUGUUGGCGUCCUACAUUAACCAACAAUUGAUUAAUUAAUUUCACCUGCAAUUACAAUUAACAAUUCGGCUUGCUUUCAAAUUGAUAAUCCCUCUGAUUCAUUUAACCCGCGGCUGUUAAUCCGCGUCUUGUCUUUGUGUGGGUUUUAGUGGUGUCCGUUUGACACGAUUAAAUGUUUUAGUGAGCAUGUUCAUCAAAUCUAUGGUAACCAAAAUUUAAGAUAUAAACUCAGUUGGGGCAGACGUUACGUCCUACAGGGAAUGAGGCGAUAUAACCAAAAUCUCUUCAGAUAGUUAAGACAGUUUGUGUUAACAUCCUUAUUACUUAAUAGUUAUGAAGUCCUAUUUGAACAGAUUCCUGCUUUUAUUGAUUAUGACAGUAGGUCUAAUUGCGUUUAUGACAGUAAUUCACCAACCACUGGUCCUUCGGCUUCAUUUCAAAGAUGUAAAUAGAUACAUCAAUGGAGAUACAGAUACGUCUGUGCCCAAGGAGACUUCAAUGACGUUGAAUACAAAAGACACAGAAAGGAUGAUAACAAAGGCACGACAUGCCACAACAACAGUAGAACCAACAAGAAAGGCAACCACCGUCACCACGACAAAGGUACGACAUGCCACAACAAAAGUAGAACCAACAACAGUAGAACCAACAAGAAAAGUAACCACCGUCACCACGACAAAGUCACGACAUGCCACAACAACAGUAGAACCAGGAACAAGAAAAGUAAGCACCAUCCCCACGACAACAGUAGAACCAACAAUAAGAAAAGCAACCACCAUAAAGCCGAAUGAAAAAAACAAUUCAAUUACAGUAACUUACAAGGAAAUCACUUUUAUUAAUACUGCUAGUUGGUAUUGGAAUUCUUUGUCACCAGAAACUGUAUUUUUAAACUGUGAAAUCAAAACUUGCCGUAUAAACAAUGGAUGGGAUCACUUCAACAACAGUGACGCUGUAGUGUUUUAUGGGGUGGAUUUGCCAUUGAAAUCACCACCAAUGCGCGUUAAAUCCGAUCAAAUUUGGGUAGUUUCUGGAUGGGAAUCUCCGCAUCACACUAGAAGUCAGGUAUUGUCAAACCCAGAAUGGAGGGAACAGAUCAACUGGACAAUGACAUAUCGUCUGGAUUCCGAUAUUCCCGUGCCUUACAGUUACACAAUUGUGAAAAAAAUUGAGAAUAAAGCGAAUAAAAAUUAUGGGGAAAUUAUGACCAAUAAGAAGAAAUUGGUCGCUUGGGUCGUUAGUAACUGCCAGACAAAUUCGCAACGUAUGAAAUACGUAGAACAAUUGAAAGAAAUAGUUCCAGUGGAUGUGUUUGGAAGGUGUGGUUCGCCCACCCCGAAAGAUCUUUUCGGGAUGAUAAAUAAGACCUACAAAUUUUACCUCUCAUUUGAAAAUUCGCUGUGCAAAGACUAUAUCACUGAAAAGUUUUUUGACAGGCAAAAUUUAGACGUUGUAGUCAUAACAAGAGGAGGUGGUGAUUAUACACAGUUUUACCCACAAGAAUCGUUCAUUGACUCGAAAAAUUUUAAAAAUGCCCACGAAUUGGGAAAAUUUCUUUUAAAAUUGGACAAGGACAAUAAUGCUUAUCUUAAGUAUUUAAAGUCCAAAGAAAAUUAUAGAUCUGUAGAUUUUAGUCUAUCAAUUAAAAAAGGACUGUGUGAUAUGUGUAAAAUGUUACACGAUAAAAAGAUUCAUCGAAACGUUUACAAAGACUAUAAUAAAUGGUGGUCGAACAACCAUUGUAAUUCAAAACCAACCGACAUAAUUUUAUGAAAUUACCUCAGGGCUGUUGGAACUUUAUAAAAAAAAUUCACCGGUAAAGGGGCGUGGUCUCUGGAUUUUUUUGUUAUUCAUCUUAAUCUUGUGAAAAUACAACCUAGUAGAUAUUCGGCGUCAUACCCCUUUUAAAAAACCCUUGUUAGAAGCUAUAAUAUGCAGUUUUUAACGGGACUUUGUUUUCAAAUUAGUUGUGAAGCACUUAGGUCAUAAAGGGGACGAACACUAUCUCCGUUCUAGAGUUAUGUCACCUUUUCCAAAUACCUUGUGAAGAAGAUAGAGGUUACAGUUUUAACCGAUUUAUUUAAAAUAAAGAUUCGUCAUUUGCAUUUUUUGCUAAAAUAUCAGAUUUCUUACGGCUUUAUACUCGUUAAUAUGUACUCAUAUUGAUUAUAUAACAGCAUAGUGAGCAGCAUAGUUCGAUGACAUUGUAAUUCAAUAUGUGUUUGUAAUUUGAACCAUUUAUGGACUGAUAUUCCUAUUGUAGUGUGCAAGGGAUUCUUAUUGCGCUAAAAUGACGGAACGAGAUUUUAGAUCUGUUGUGAAGCGUUCGGGGGUCAUGAAUUUGUAUAUCAAUAUGGUCGUAUUGAUGUAUUCUUCAUCUUGAUUUGAGUCUUAAUUUAAAUAAAAUGUUUCAUUAGCUAAAAAUA